GUGGUGGGCGCCGCUGCUGCUUUGUGAGCACAUUGGGCAGUGUUUUUUGGAUGCCUUUCAGUUUCCUUCUCGAACAUGGUAUCCUGCAACCUUCCAGCAAUAUCUGCUCUGCCAGGUGAUGCUUAGCCAGGUCAUAAUGAUUGAACCAUGUCAAUGAAAUGUUUAUUCUGAAAAAGGCAAAAGGGAGACUUUGUUACAUAAAAGAUGAAGAAGCUCUUUGUUUUGAUACAGAUUUUCUAUUUUGUACAUACAUUGUUUUGUAUAUACUGUAUAUGAUGACUUCGGUGGGCAGUGAACGUACCCGGGGCACUCGGGACAAAACACAGAUUUCAGCCACACCGCCAACACAACCACAGAAACAGGUAGUACAGGCAACAGCGGAACAGAUUCGCCUCGCUCAGAUGAUCUAUGAUAAGAAUGAUGCAGAUUUUGAAGAUAAAGUGAAACAACUUAUGGAAGUGACGGGGAAAAACCAGGAUGAAUGCAUAGUGGCGCUCCAUGAUUGUAAUGGGGAUGUGAAUAGAGCAAUCAACAUACUGCUGGAAGGAAGCUCAGACACAACUUCAUGGGAGACUGUAGGGGGAAAGAAGAAAAGCCUUGGAAAAGAGAGUUCAGAAAACAAAGAGAACAGAGAAAAGCGAGGGGACAGAGAAGUGAGCCGUGGACGAGGAAGCUCCAACAGACGAGGAAGAGGAGGAGGCAGCCGUGGCCGAGAAUUUCGAGUAGAAGAGAAUGGAGUGGACAACAGUCAAGGGGAGAGACCUUCAGAUCGUGGGAAGCGUGGCCGUGGGAGAGGGUUUGGACGUGGUCGAGGGCGAGGAGCUGGGAGAUUUUCAGCCCAAGGCAUGGGGACAUUUAACCCUGCAGACUACACGGAGACUUCUGCCACAGAUGGCUUUGGGCCAAAACCAGAAGUUUGGGAGACUGGUCAGAAUGAUGCAGAUGAUGGAACUGAGCCAGCCCAGAGUGGACAUUAUCUUACUCAGGACCUGCCAAAUAAUUGUGGACUCCAAGGAGCAUGGAAGAAUUCGAUAGAAGAAUGGACGGCAGAAGACUGGAAUGAAGAUCUUUCUGAAACAAAGGUCUUCACUGCAUCUUCUGUUCCAGCUGAGAAUCACAUCACUCCUGGGCAAAGUAUUGACCUAGUAACGUUACUUCAGAAGCCUGUGACUUCUAGCCAAGAAACAGAAGGCAUCUCUUUUGAGUCUCCCCAACAGCAGAGCUUUGGCCAAGCCCUAGUCUUCACGAAUUCCCAACACAACACCCAGAUGGCAUCAGGACCUGGCAAUUCCAGUGCUGUCAACUCCUAUUCUCCUCAGAGUCUGUCUUCAGUUCUCUGUUCUGGGUUUGGAGAACUUGGAUCCUCUAAAUUAGCAAACUCCACUGGAUCGCCGCUCUUGGACCAGUUGAAGUCUCCAGGUUUGGGUCAGUUCACCUCUCCGAGCUCUCAGCAAAACAGCAGUAGCUCCACUGCCACCACCGCUACCACCACGUCAUCCUGGGAUCUGAAACCCUCUAUUAGCCAAUCCUCUGUCCUCAGUCAGUUUGACUUUAAAUCCCAGCCUGAACCAUCCCCAGUUCUCAGCCAGCUGACCCAACGACAGCAACAGCAGACACAGGCAGUCCCUGUUCCUCCUCCUGGAUUGGAGUCCUUCUCCUCCCAAGUAAAACUCCGAGAGCCAUCACCAGUAGACAGUUCUAUGGCUGCAAGCAAAAUGCUGCAGCUCCCCAGCAUGUCUAUGGAUAACCAGGCAGUGUCUGCCCAUCAAACACAGCAGAAACAGAUCAAACCACCGAAACGGAGGAUACCCCCAGCUUCUAAGAUCCCUGCCUCUGCAGUGGAAAUGCCUGGAUCAGCUGAUGUGACGGGGCUAAAUGUUCAGUUUGGAGCUCUGGAGUUUGGGUCAGAGCCUUCUCUCCCAGAGUUUGGGUCGGCCCCAAGCAAUGAGAAUAUUAGCCAGGUGCCCAGCAACAGCUUGUACUCGAAACCUGUAAAUGAUCCUUUGAAUACCUCUUUGCCAAUAUCCAAUACAGUACAGGAGUCCACCUACACAACCUCUGCCAUCACUUCUUCCAAUCUGACCUGCUCAUCCCAGAGCACUAGCCCCGUAACAACUUCUUGCUCCUAUGACCAGACUUCUGUGCAUAGCAGGAUAGCAUACCAAAGCUCCAUGGCUCCAUCGGAUUCAACCCCUGUUGCAGUCACGAAUGGGCACAGUGGUGUUCGAACACAGCCAACUCUUGACAAGCACAUGCUGCCACAACCAGAGCUGUCCCCUCUGAGUCCCUCAGCAAACCAUCAAUUCUUAAAGGGACAGAGCAUAGCUACUUCAUCAGUUCCAACGUCUAAGACAGAAACCUCUCCCUCGCUACCUACUGCGGCGUCUCUACCUAGCACGGCGUCCUCCACUGCUUCGCUUCUGCCUUCAGCUCCACAGCACACAGCAGCGUUACCCAGCCUACCCCAGUCCAGUGACUUGGCCAGCAGCUCACUCUCCCAGUUAAGCAGUUCCCUCUCUAAUCAUCAGAGCAGCCUCUCCUCUGCUGCAGUGCUGUCUGCAAGUACCUCACAUGCACACACCAGUGUUGAGAGCACAGCUUCACUCCAGCCCUCAACAACCUUUUCAGCUGCUUCAACCUCAGCCACUAGCACCACGUCCUCGGUUGUCAGCAUGGCAAGCAGUAUGAACACUACAAACAGCCUUGGCCUGAGCGUUACCAGUGUGUCUAUGCCAGCUGCUUCUACACGGGCAGCUCCCUUAGUGUCUUCAGGCAAAGCUCCCCCCAACCUGCCCCAAGGUGUACCACCCUUGUUGCAUAACCAGUAUAUUGUGGGACCUGGAGGACUCCUGCCUGCCUACCCACAGAUCUAUGGUUAUGACGAUCUUCAGAUGCUCCAAUCCAGGCUGCCAAUGGAUUAUUAUGGAAUUACAUUCCCUGCUCCUGCAACCUUGACAGGCAGAGAUGGGAGCCUUGCUAACAACCCAUACUCAGGUGAUGUAACAAAAUUUGGCCGCGGGGAUUCUGCCUCCCCUGCUCCCGCUACCACCCUGGCUCAGCCACAGCAGAAUCAGACGCAGACUCACCACACCACUCAGCAGCCCUUCCUAAACCCUACGUUGCCCCCAGGAUACAGCUACACGGGGUUACCAUAUUAUGCCGGCGUGCCAGGAGUACCCAGUGCAUUCCAGUAUGGGCCCACCAUGUUUGUACCUCCAGCAUCAGCCAAGCAGCAUGGCGUCAAUUUGAACACUGCUUCCACCCCGUUUCAGCAGCCAAGUGGUUAUGGACAACAUGGUUAUGGAGCAGGUUAUGAUGACUUAACGCAGGGAACGGCAGCUGGAGACUACAGCAAAGGAGGCUACAGUGGGUCAUCUCAAGCACAAAACAAAUCUGCUGGCACUGGACCUGGGAAAGGUGUUUCUGUGACCUCAAGUAACACAGGUGUGCCUGAUAUCAGUGGCUCAGUCUAUAACAAGACUCAGACGUUUGACAAGCAGGGAUUCCAUGCUGGCACACCGCCUCCUUUCAGCCUGCCAUCUGCUCUUGGAUCCACUGGGCCACUGAACCCUGGUGCUGCCCCAGGUUAUGCUCCAGCCCCGUUCCUGCAUAUCCUGCCUGCACAUCAGCAGCCUCAUUCCCAGAUGCUGCAUCACCACCUUCAACAAGAUGGGCAGGGUGGAUCUGGCCAGCGCAAUCAGCCAAGCACCAUGCAGCAAAAGUCUCAGGCUACCAAAACCGCCUAUGGCACUUCUCCAUACUGGACAAACUAAAACCGAAACAAGGAGGCAGGGGGAGACUGAAAGAAGAAAAAGUCGAUGCCCAUUCCUGGAACUAUUAGGAGAAAAAUAACUGCU